CGUCAUGCGGUAUGAAAACUGAAAGGUUUGUUGUGAGUGAAUGAGUGUUAUAACGAUUGGACUUGUAUGAGGAUGGUAAGGUAGGAGCCUCAAAGCUACGUGCCCGUUUUCUUGGAAUAAACUAUCAAAUUUGUAAACAAUAUGUUGUUUCCAAGCUUUUUAAUAAUGGUUUACACAAAAGAAAUUACCACCACUUUAGAAAACUAAUAUAAAUUCGAAACUAAAUUAUUCUGCAUAUGAACUAAUUGCUUAAAUAAAGGCAGAUAAGAAUAUUUAUAACAGUUACUAAUUUAAAUUAGUGCCAAUGGAAGAAACAAAGUACUCUCCAGAAAAUAUUAGUAAAAAGAAGCAUCCACUACAGAGGGCGAACAUAGUAUCAAAAAUAUGUUUUUGUUGGCUGUUACCUUAUUUUGUCAAGGGAUUCAAAAAGGAGCUUACGGAAGAUGACAUGUAUGAUACACUGAGUUCCCAUGAGUCUAGCAUGUUGGGCGACAAGUUACAGGAAGCCUGGAGCCUCGAGGAAAACAAAAAAAAUCCUUCAUUGUGGAGGGCAAUGCUUAGAGUUUUUGGGAUUGAGUUAUUCCUAUAUGCGAUCUUCUUUAUGUUUACAGAAUUCAUAGUAAAAUUGUCUCAGCCCUUGAUAAUCUCGAAAUUCCUCACUUAUUACGAACCAAAUCAAACGGAUAUGACCAAGGACGAAGCCUGCUGGUAUGCAGCUCUCUUGAUUUUCGUCAUAUUGGUAAAGGUCCUGCUAACGCACACUUAUCUGCUUCAAACCCUGCAGUUGUCAAUGAAGAUAAGAGUGGCCACUUGCUCCUUGAUUUAUAGAAAAGCGUUAAAACUAAACAAGUCUGCUCUGGCCGAAACCACAAUUGGGCAGAUGGUUAACCUGCUCUCAAAUGAUGUUUCUAGAUUUAAUUCUGCGACACAGCAUGUCAAUUAUUUGUGGAUGUCUCCUCUCGAAACUGUCAUAGUCAUGUAUUUACUGUAUAUUAAUGUAGGAGUCACAGGAUUGGCAGGAACAUUUUUCUUAUUAUUGUUCAUUCCUUUUCAGACGUAUAUGGGUAAAAAGACUUCGCAGUAUAGACUGAGGACAGCCAUACGCACAGACGAAAGAGUACGUUUGAUGAGUGAAAUAGUAAAUGGUAUACAAGUCAUCAAAAUGUAUACAUGGGAGAAGCCUUUUGCUAAAUUGGUGGAAAUAUGUAGAAAAAAGGAAAUGCAGCAAAUUUGCUCCAGCGGAACGAUCAGAGGGAUUACCAUGUCAUUCAAUUUAGCAUUGAGCAGAGCGGCUAUUUGUAUAUGUAUAUUAACGUAUGUCUUAACAGGAAAUGUAAUCAAUGCUACAUACGCCUACACGGUUUCGUCGUAUUAUGCAACAUUGCGUCAGGUUGUAACAAAAGCCUUCCCAAAAGCGGUAACGCAACUCGCUGAAACCAAAGUUUCAGUGUCUAGAAUUAGGAAAUUUUUAGUCUAUGAAGAAAUACAGAACAAUUCUCAGUUUAAUACUGUUGAAGAUGCUAAACACCCUAAAAUCCAGAACGGUGGGAUAAAUAAUUUAAAGACAAAUACGUCUCCUGGUGUACAUUUGAGAAAUGUAUCGGUAAAAUGGAACAAGUCCCUACCCGACAAUACUUUGGAAAAAAUCACUUUUGACGCUAACUCUAAACAAUUAGUGGCUAUCAUAGGACCUGUAGGAGGCGGUAAAACCACUCUUCUCCACGCCAUCUUAAAAGAAUUGCCUCCUGUGGAGGGUACAGUCAGAGUGGAAGGAUCCUUGUCAUACGCCUCCCAAGAGCCAUGGCUCUUCGGUGGAAGCGUCAGACAAAACAUUGUUUUCGGUCAAGAAUUUAUCGCAAAGAAAUACGAGGAAGUGGUAAGGGUAUGUGCCUUAGAAAGAGAUUUUACUCUUUUGCCACAUGGAGAUCAAACUCUUGUCGGGGACAGGGGCACCACCCUUAGUGGAGGACAGAGGGCUCGUAUUAACCUUGCCAGAGCGGUGUACAAGGAAGCAGAUAUCUAUUUACUGGACGAUCCUCUAUCAGCUGUGGAUACUCACGUAGGGAGACAGCUGUUCGACGACUGCGUUUGUGGAUACCUGAAAGACAAGUGCGUGGUACUAAUAACGCACCAACUCCAAUAUCUUAGAAAGGUGGAAACUAUUUACUUAAUCGACGAUGGCAAGGUUUACGCGUCGGGAUCGUAUACGGACUUACAAACUUGUAAUAAUGAAUUCAUAAAACUACUUACAAGUAAUAAUAAAGAAGACGAUGAACAAAAUUUUUCAGUUGAUAGAAAAUCCAAACAAAUGAACGAUACAAAACAAAAAGAAAAUAAUAUAGGAGCGCCCGUUCAAGAAAAAGAACAGAGAAGCGUUGGAGAUAUUUCUUGGAAUGUUUAUAGGAGUUACUUACGGGCUGGAGGAAGUUGGUUUAAAAUAGCGAUGCUCGUAUUUGCCCUUAUUAUGUCGCAGGUUGCUGCCAGUGCAACAGAUUAUUUUGUGAAUAUAUGGGUCAAUUUGGAACAAUGGAGGCUAACACAGAACAAUGCAACUCUCAACGAUACCUAUGCAGAAAAUCCAGAAGCAUCAACUUGGCAAGAUUCCUUUCAAACAGUAUUAGAUCUUAUUUUAACAGAAGACAGCUCAGUGAUUAUAUAUAUCUGUCUGGUUAUAGGAACAAUAGUUGUGGCUAUAAUGAGAUCAAUUGCUUUCUUUAGAUACUGCGUUGUUGCUUCCAUUAAACUACACAAUCUUAUGUUUGAUAAAAUCGUAUAUGCCCCUAUGAGAUUCUUCAACAUAAAUCCGCCAGGAAGGAUUCUUAAUAGAUUUUCGAAAGACAUAGGCGCUUUGGACGAAUUAUUGCCAUUAUCUCUUUUAGAUACUUUGGAAACUGCCCUAAAUGUUGCGGCAAUUACCAUUGUUAUUGGAUCUCUUAAUCCAUGGAUUUUACUACCCACUGUUGUAAUUUUGAUUAUAUUUUACUAUCUGAGGAUAGUGUUUUUGGCAACCAGUAGAGCUGUGAAACGAGUGGAAGCAACUACACGCAGUCCUAUCUACACACAUUUGUCCGCAUCGUUGCAAGGAUUAACCACUAUUAGAGCUUUCGGAGCGCAGGAGAUCUUGAAAAGGGAAUUCGACAAUUACCAAAAUAAAAACACAUCUCCGUACUACAUAUUUGUCGCAGCAAAUAGAACUUUUGGGUUCUGGUUGGAUUUUCAUUGUGUUGUUUACAUUGCACUUGUAACUAUCAGCAUUCUGUUUAUUGAGAAAGAAAUAUUUGGUGGAAAUGUAGGUUUAGCCCUUACCCAAUCCAUUAGCCUUACUGGCAUGUUUCAAUGGGGUGUUAGGCAGUGGAGUGAGCUAGAGAAUAACAUGACUUCGGUGGAGAGAGUUCAGGAGUAUACCGAAGUUACUCCAGAAAAAGAUGAAGCAACCAAAACCUUGCCUAGACUUUGGCCAGAAGAAGGUACUAUAAAGUUCAUAAAAAUGUGCUUAAGAUACAGUCCAGAAGAUGACUUUGUUUUGAAAGACCUCAACUUUGAAAUUAAAUCAAAUGAGAAGAUAGGCAUUGUUGGAAGAACAGGCGCAGGAAAGUCAUCCCUUAUAUCAGCAUUAUUUCGUCUUACAAGCAUAGAAGGAAGCAUAGUAAUUGACAAAGUAGAUACUAAGGAUAUUCCUUUAAAUAUCUUGAGGUCAAAGAUUUCCAUUAUACCCCAGGAACCUGUAUUAUUCUCAGGAACACUUAGGAAAAACUUAGAUCCUUUUGACGAGUAUAAUGAUGAGGUUCUGUGGAACGCACUGGACGAAGUAGAACUGAAAAAUGCGGUGUCCAGUCUUGCCGCUGGUUUAGACAGCAAAAUGUCGGAAGGGGGAUCAAACUUCAGUGUUGGACAGAGGCAAUUACUGUGCUUGGCAAGGGCCAUAAUUCGCAACAACAAAAUCCUUGUACUGGAUGAAGCCACUGCCAAUGUAGAUCCCCACACAGACGGACUGAUUCAAACCACAAUCAGAAGAAAAUUUGCCAGUUGUACAGUGCUGACUAUUGCUCACAGAUUACACACAAUUAUGGAUUCAGAUAAAGUUCUGGUUAUGGACGCCGGACGAGCUGUUGAAUUCGAUCAGCCCUACAAGCUAUUACAAAAUCCUAGGGGUGUGUUUUAUGGACUUGUUAGGCAGACCGGAGCUGGUAUGGCGGAAAACUUAAUGUCCAUAGCAGAAGAAAACUAUAAAAAUUUAGCUCAAUAGUCUUUACUGAAUUUAUAUUUUGUAUCUACUUUUGUAGCAUAUUGGUCCCUUAUUCUGCAACAUGUAUCUGUAAAAAUAAAAUGAUUUUUUUUACUUAA